GAGGGUGAUCAACUCCACCAACAUAACACAUUGAGUGUAGCUAUGCAAACGCAGCGACAACGCUACACCGGCGUAGCUGGUGGAACUGUACCUCCAGGUGCUUCAGUGCGACUCACACGCUCCGCUAUGCUGACCAAGAGCGAAAGUCGCGACUCCGUCUUUUCCGCAAAAUCAGAUACGGCCUACGAGAAUUUGAUGCGUUCCCAAUCGGCUUCGGACGCCAAUCGCAAAAAGUUGCCAUAUGCGGCAGCAGCUGCUGCAGCCGCUUACUCACUAGAAAACGAUGUGGAAGCUACUGACGUGGAGCAGCCAAUCGAUUACUCAGCCAAAUACUGUGAAAAAGAUGCCAAAAUUCCCGACGAAGGCGCAACUAAAGUACAAGCAACGACCAACAGCAACGCCAGCGUCACAUAUCAGGAAACUGAUUUGGAUCAGCCAACUGACUUCAGUUUGCGCUAUGCUGAGCAUCAACUUGAAUCGGAUUUACAUGUGUUGUCAACUGAGCGAAGAGCUCUUAGUAAGGUUGCCAUCGCAAUGGACACUACCGCCGGCACGCUGCAAUCAUCUGGAGUGCCAAAUGUGCACCAAGCUGAAGGUAGUGAUGGCAAUGAAAUACUACUGAUACUUGAAGAUACUGUGAAAUGCUAUCAAACUGAAGAUACACCAUACGUUAUAUCCAAUGCCGCGUCCGUCUCGGACUUGCGACAAGCCGUCGUCAAAUCGGAAGCUGUUCCACCAGCAGAGUCUGCAAAAACUACACAUAAACCUAAAAAAUGCCACCGAGUACAGCAAAUUCCCAGCAAUGGAGGCGUUCAUGGAGGCGCCGCGUACGGCUCGGGAUCCUACACACCUGAAAAGCCAAUCAAUUACUGCGAAGAGGGUACACCCGGUUAUUUCAGCCGCUACGAAUCGCUGAGCAGUUUAGAUGAGUCGCCGCCGACGCAGCAGUCGCACAAUAAAGAUGCCAAGGCGGGUGCAACGAAAGCAACCACUAUAAGCCCAACAAAGGUUAGCGACGAGCCUGCAGAAACCCGACCAACGGACAUGCCUUUACCGCAGGUUGGUCUCUCCGCUACGCAAACCAGCGGCAAUGCGACCACAAUGAAUUCCGCACAAGAAACACCGCUAAUGUUUUCGCGUCACAGCUCAAUGGAUUCGCUGGUUGAGGAAGGCGAAGAGGAGAUAGGCGCUUGCGAUGACAAGAGCUCUGUCGUUAGUGAUUUCAGCCGAUUAGCCAGUGGCGUUAUUUCACCUUCGGAAAUACCCGACUCGCCUACACAGAGUAUGCCGCACUCGCCGCGGCGCCACAGCAACGCCGGCCAAGUAAGCAGCAGCGGCGGUAGUGGAAUUGGCGCCUUUCAGUCAGGCGUCUCGCCGCUUGCACCCACGCGCGGAUGUUCAGUCGGGAUAGCUGCAAGCAGCGCUGGUCAUGCGCUACGUGGUAGCGUUGCCAUCGGUGAGGAAAGUAAACGCCCGUUGCGAAGCGUCUUUGAAGAUGAUAUAAGCACGUUCCACGUCGAAAAUACUCCAGCACAAUUUUCAUGCCGCACGAGCCUAAGCAAUCUGAGCAUAAUAGAUGAUGAAAACAGCUUACCGCCAUCUAGACAACCGGUUGAGGGCGAAAAUACUAUGCAACCAGCAACUGUGUCAGAAGGUGAAGAAGAAGAAGCUGGUAACAACAUCGACGAUAUACUGCUCGCCAAUUGCAUCAACAUGGGGAUGAAUCGUACAACCAUAACAGCUGCAACCUCUAAAAAGUCGGUACGCGCAACCAACAGUCAAACAGCCGCAGACAGUCAAUUGACCGUCGAGGAGCCAAAGCAUUAUUACACUGAGGAUACGCCAGCGCUGCUCUCGAAAGUCGGGAGUAAUACCAAUUUAUCAGCGAUUUCGAUUUGCUCGAGCAAUAACAUGGAAGAAUUAAAGGAGUCACAGCCGCCGCGCUCCGCAACAGGUGAUAUGUGCCAAAAUCGGCACUCGCUUACUCUAUCAGAUGAUGUGUCAUCGAAUGCCUCGGAAAGUGGUGCAACCGGUCAAUCAUUCGAUUUGUUGCAGCAAUGCAUAGAAGUAGGCAUGAAGAAGCCUAGUACCCAGGCGAAAUCGCAUGCGAGCGGCGGGGCCAUACAACAUAAAAUGAUGAGGCCUUCGCCUGCGGCGGAUCCUAUAGCUAUGAUGCGACGCGGCGGUAAUGUACUUCCGCCAUUUUUACCAGUCUCAGAUGAAAUGAGUAAAUUCCUGGUAGAAGACUCGCCCUGUAAUUUUUCUGUGGCUUCGGGAUUGUCAAACCUGACCGUGGGUUCCAGUUUGGUGGGGCCGGCAGUUCAACUAAAGGGUAAUACGGAAAGUAUUGGAAAUUCGCAAAAUAUGCCUGCGAAUGUAGGUCAGCCUUCUGACGAAGUGGCCACUGAAGAGGGUGCACGCAUGGAACACAAAUGGCAGGACGAUUCACUUAGCUCAUUGUCUAUAGACUCUGAAGACGAUACGAACCUGUUAAGUCAGGCUAUUGCCGCCGGCUGCAAUAGGCCAAAAUCGAAUCUUGGUUUCAGCAGCACAUCGAGAACCAAUAACAAUAACAAGCGCACAUCAUUGUCCUCCUCACAGCCAAUACCAAUAAAUGCAGCCACCUCGUCAUCGUCUCUCAAUUCAAGUGCCACAGCGCGACGCUACCAAAAUCAGCAGCAGCAUAUUUCUGGCGUCGAUGAUGGCAUUACUUCCAUUACAACUCAUAGAUAUCAAAAUGGUAAUGAUUCUUACAGCUCAGUGGACUCGAGUGAUUCGAAUGAUAAUCAAGCUAAAUCAUUGUUUGAGCUGUGCAUACGCAACGGCAUGCAUAAGCCAACGCGAGAAAGCGCAAAUCACCAACGUCGCCAACAUUUGUUGAGCAAUCGUCGGGGAACUAGCAACACAACGCAAUCAAAUCCGAAUCUUAAGCAAUUUGAUUCGCUGCCAUUGCAACUGCACACACAACCCAAACCGAUGGCUUUGCCGACAAACGUGACCACUGCACUACCAACCGCAACAACAACUGUCAAUCGUCAUAUACGCGAACGGGAACGCAAGGACGAGAAGCUAUUGUUGGAAUGCAUCAACACCGGUAUCUCAAAGAAAAUUAGUAUCAGCAAUAGUCACAGCGGCGGUGGAGGUAGUGCGACAGGCGGUCCAAAAUAUGCGGCUCACAAUACCACUCAUUCAAAAUCUAUGCCGAUAUUUGCAGUUAGCGAUAGUAACAAUAGUUCUGAAAACGGGCCAAAAAACGUGCUGGCUACGUCUGCGGCUGCACCGGCGCUGUGUCACCAACACGCGGCUAUUUUAUCCUCAAAUGUGCACAGCAUAGCAGCUCCAGACGUAGUAAAGACGAACAACAUCGGCUACAGCAACACAACCACCACCAUCAACAACACCAACAGCAGCAAAAGCAGCAGCAUCAACACUUCCAACGACACCAACAACUCUUACAGCAGCGUGAACUGUUGGGAAGCGAAGGACACCAACAGCGUCGACGUCACAGACGUAGCAAAAAGUCCGGCGAUGGGCACCACCAUCACAGCACACAACGACGCAAAUCUUCCAAAUCACGUGAACGUAACAGUCGACAAGAAAGUGAACGAUACUGGGUAUAAAGAAGAGCAGUCGGUUGAACUCGACCAGCUGCCCGCACAUGAGGAGAUGAAUAGUCCGUCUGCCUCGCUGGACAACACCGCAACUAGUGAUGAUUCGAAUGAAUCGUUCAUUAUUGAAACCACUGUCUCGCUAGAGAUGCGCCAGUCACGCACAUCUCCACCGCUAACAACGUCUCAAAAGCACAAAGAUCCCGAUUUGAUGUUAAAAUCUGUGGAAAGGCUGACAUUGGAGUUCGUCUCAUCAGCUGAGCAAUUACGUACUAACUCUACAAACGUUGUUACGGAAUGUAGUGCCGUUGAACAACAGCGAAUGGCUUCAGGUGCCGCCAGUAUUUCUAUUGGUGGUACGUCGAACUCCAACAAUACAUGGAAUGAGGAUACCUGCCCCAACGACGAUGUUUCUUUUCCCAGCGUUAGCGUUACAGCACCGGUUGUUGCGUCAUUAAAUUAUGAUGAGGACGAUAAUGAUGAUGAAGAGGCUGAUGCAACAGAAGCGGAUCAUAAAGAUUUACACGAUUUCGCUGAAAUAACACCAAUAAAUGAGGAGCAGCCACAACCAUCAAUUUUGUUGCUCGAACCUGCCGACACGGGCACACAACCCAGCUCAUUAGAAACGGAAACUGAAACGGACACGUUGGUGAAUGAAAGCCGCAGCAUACAUGCAUCUUGUCACAAUCCAACUGAAGAAUCAACCACCAAAAGCGGCAUAAAUUUUCAAUUGGGUGGAGCUGUGCAAUCAGCAGCACUCUCCCUGAGUAGUCAUCAUCAUAUGCUCUAUGGUAGUAACAUCAAAGCUGCUGCCGCUGCAGCGCAGGCCGCUGCCGCCGCUGCGGCCAUGACAAAUUCAACUAUUAUCGCCAUUGAAGCGCGCGCCUUAGCUGAGAAUCUGCAGCAUGGUGGAAACGUAAGCGCAGAUGACGACGACAGCAUCGACCUAACUUUCAGUAUNCUGGAAAUGUUUUAUCUCGAAUAA